CAGCACUCGGCAUACCCGGAUCGGUCAACCGCCACGCGGGGGAUGAAAUAUUACUCUGAGACCAUUCAGAUAUAUUCUUUUCUUUCAGGGGCAUUGAUGCAUUUGACCGCUACUCAAACUGGAAAUCCUUGCCAAUCAGCUGAGACCUACAUAACGCGUCCCCCUCGCAGCUCACAGUAUCAAGGUCUUGGAUCAGCAGAAGAAUGUCAUGUUUUCUUGGUACGGUGAUCGGGAUUCGGAAAGGAUCACCAGAUGUUGAGGGGUGAAUAAAACUGAACCUCUAUCCCCUCACUUGGGUUCUCUGUAUCAUAUCUAUUCAUCAAUUGACUUGGUUAUUUCUUCAAUAUGCCUCCUGGAGUUCCACCAAAACGAUCUUACUCUCGUACCGAUGCUGCUGUGCGCGUCGAGUACCCUGAACAUCAUGAACUUCCUGCUAGUAAGCCGUUGAUAGGCCAGGGUGGGCAAUUCUCUAAGCCGACGUUGGCGUCAUUGUCGCUUGAGGGGAAGACGAUUGUUAUUACUGGUGGUGCUAGAGGAUUGGGGUUGGUUAUGGGGCAGGGGAUUGUUUACUCUGGUGCUGAUUUAGCGAUUGUUGACUUGAACAAGGAGGAAGCGCAGUCGCAGGUCGGGCAAUUGACUGACGCUUUCAAGAGAGAGAAUCCCAACAGCCAGAAAAUUCCACGAGUGACAGCUCACUACGCAGACGUCGCGGACCAAGAUUCCGUGGCCAAAUGCAUCGCCGAGAUUCUUAGCAUCCAUCACAAGAUCGAUGGCCUAGUUACAUCUGCUGGUUUUACCGAGAACUUUGAUGCGAUCCAUUAUCCCAUUGAACGUAUGCGCAAGCUAUGGGGCGUCAACGUCGACGGAACCUAUCUGUUCGCCGUCGCUGUUGCCAAGCAUCUCAUGGAACGUGAGGCGCCUGGUAGUAUUGUUGUCAUUGGCAGUAUGUCUGGGGCUAUUGUCAAUGUUCCUCAACCGCAGGCUCCGUACAACGCUGCCAAGGCGGCGGUUCGUCAUUUAGCUGCUUCUUUGGCAGUUGAGUGGGCUCAUGCCGGCAUUCGUGUCAACUGUAUCUCUCCCGGCUACAUGCUGACUGCUUUGACACAAAAGAUCUUGAAUGAUAACCCGGAUCUUGAAAAGACAUGGACUUCUCUCAUCCCUCAAGGACGAAUGGGUCAGCCCCAAGACUUGAUGGGACCUGUUACCUUCCUCUUGUCUGAUGCGUCUUCGUACAUGACUGGAUCGGAUCUUCGAGUUGAUGGAGGCUACACUGUAACUUAGAUGGGGGUUGGUGUUCGUGAAACUUGUGUCGAGUACUGUUAUUAUAGAUGUUGAAUAUUAGAAUGAACGUAUAAAGUCCAUGUCAUGCCCCGGUGGCCUAACUACAUGAAUAGUGUUGUU